AUGCAUGUUGUAGUAGAAAACACAGCAUAGAGUUAUACUAAGGCACUCUGGGAAAGAGAGAUCACAGAUUAAGCAAACGACGAGCUCAAUCUUUCUAGUAUGUCAAGAUUCAGACCUUUCCGUGUGACGUCCACAGUAUCAACAACAGGAGCUCUGUGCUUGCCACUGUUCCAGUUGGUGCUCUCGGAUCCACCCUGUGAAGACAAUGAAAUGUGUGUAAAUUAUAGCAAUCAGCAUCCUAAUGGCUGGUAUAUCUGGUUCCUACUGCUGAUUUUCUUGGUGGCUCUCCUUUGUGGCAUAGUGCUCUUCUGUCUCCAGUGCUGGCUGAAAAAGUCCAGAAGAGAUAACCCAAGAUGUACCGUGGCCAUUUUUGCUGUUGGAGAUUUGGACCCCAUUUAUGGUACAGAAGCAGCUGGGAGUCCUCUUCAAACUCAAAAUGCUGGAUUGCACCCCAUUCCAUGUUUUGGCACAUUAGGUCCCCCACCUCCCUAUGAGGAUAUUCUAAAAACAAGUCAAUUGUAGAUCUGCAUCAUCAACAGAAUAGAAACAUUUGUUACCCCAGAAGAUCAAAUUUAGGAAUAAUUCUUUCACUUAGUGGCAGUGCCUAGAGAUCUAUUCACUGGUCUUGACAAGCAAAAAGAGACAACAGGGUGGAUGUGAAUAAGGAUAUGGACAUGGGAAAGAGGCUGUGGUCCUGGAGGUGUUUUGGUGAUGAGUUAGUGGACUCCAGCCAGCACAGCUUUGCCAUUUCUUCAGUUAGACAACAAAGUUGGCAUUUCUUCAUUGGUACUCAAGGAGACAGAAACUGGGGCUGGGAAUCAUUUCCAUUAAGCUGAGUAGCCCAGGGCCUUGCACAUCACAUGUCUGUCUUCAGUUGUCUGUCCUUGAAAAGGUAUCAUAUUUUAACAAUGGCUCAAGACAAGCUUCAGGAAUGUCCAAUCCUGGAACCAGAAAGAGUUAGUGUAAAAGGUGAGACAAUGAAGAAAAAUAUAACUUUGGGACUUGAAGGAGGAAGUCAAAUGAAAGAGGAAAAUAUUGUAAGUCUAGUUCAAGGAGUUUUUAUUACUCAGUUGGAGGAAGAAGAAAGUGUAAACAGAAUGUAACUACAAGCCUAGGAGAUAACUCGAGGCAUGAGCCAUGUGUAAUCUCAGUGUGGGAGGAGAGAGAGAAGGCUUUUAUCUUACUGGCUGAAUGUGAACUUGGCGGCUCACAGUCUUUCUCUCACCCCUCAGAUUUGGCAUUUUUUAUAGCACUGUCAAAAGAAAGCUUGGCUCAGAGGCUACUUUUCAGGUUGCUGCUCUGGCUGCAGAAGUGGCCUUGAGACUUCUUCAGUGCCAUAUCAUAUUCAGCUAACAAAUCUUUGCCUUAAGACACUUGACAUAUACUUUCACUGAUCAACAGAUAUUUCAAAUUUGACUUUGCAAAACUUAUUUCCUAAUCUUUUCCCAAAUCUACUUUUUGACAAACCUUUUCCAGCCUUCCUGUUUCUCAGGAUAAAGGACUUAGGUCAAUCCUUAUACCUUCAAUUUGCAUUACUUUCUGUAUCAACAUUGCCAAGAAAUCUCGAUAACUCACUCUCAGAGCGUCUAGACAAUAAAGGCUACCUACCUGCCGCAAUUAUGACAUGAGGUACCACUCUGUCCUUGCCACGCCUACAAUAGAUGCACACUGGUCUAUUUGCUCCCACCUACUUCCUUUCAUGUGCUUACCACACAGGAUCCUGGGUAAUUUUUGUAAAGUUUUGGAGUAGUUAUAGUUUUUCAGCAAUAUUGAGCAGAAGAUACCAGCAUUUCCCAUGCAACAGGCUUUCAACCACGUCUACUUCCAUAUUAUCACAUCUGACAACAGAAGGGUACAUUGGUCAUAACUGAUGAGCUCACAUGGACACAUCAUUAUCACCUGUACUCAUUAGUUGGCUCAUUGCAAUGACCUGGCAAGAAGCAAGUUAAGAAAGUAAGAGUUUAUUUCUGUUCGCAGUUCCAGGGGAUUCGAAUCCCUCAUAGCAGGGAAGCUAUGGCAAUAGCAGCAAGAGGAAGCUGGUCAUAUUCACUCCACAGUGAGGAAGGUGGGAGUGAUGAAUGCUGCUGCUCAGUUCGGUCUCUCCCUCUUAUACAACCCAGGAUGCCUAGGCCGUGGAACAGUGCCACCCACAUUUAUAGCAUGUCUCCCCACCUCAAAUAACCUAAGGUAGAAAAUGCUCCAAUGACAUUUGUUUCCAUGGUGAUUCUAAAUCUGACCAAAUUGACAACUGAAAUUAACAUCACAGCAGCCAAUAUCCAUACUCCAUAUUGUCUCAUUCUUGGUUUUGUAUCCUAUGGGACUGGCGGUGAUCUUUUCCACAACUGGAUAGUUCCACUGCUCUACACAUUCCUUCACUGUGCCUAUCCUCACUUCUCUCUCCUUUCUAACUCAUGACUGCCACUGACCUUUUCAUUCUCUCCAUAGUUUUGCCUUUUACAGAAUAUUAUUUAUUUGAGAUUAUACAAAUGCAGCCUUUUAAUCAGUUUGGCACUUUUGACUUCUAAAAACAUAUUAAUUUCCUCCAUGUCACCCAUGACUUUACAGCCCAUUUCUUCUCAGAGUUAAAUAAUAUUCCAUUUCCUAGAUAUACCAUCACUUAAUUAUAUGCUCAGUUACUGGAGGAUAACUUGAUUGGUUCCAAGACUUGGUAUCAUGAAUAAAGCAGGAUUUUUUU